UCUGAGCUCAUGAAGCUCUAACCAUUUAAUGACAUUUUCAUUUAUUAUUUUGAAGACUUCCAUUGCAUGCAAGAUGUAUAGCAAGAAAGUAAAAAGUUCAGAGGUCAAUCUGGAAGCGGUCAACCCAACAUUGGGGAAAACUGCCUACCACAACAAGUGCGCACCGGAGCCCAAGCAACCACCCCAGCGGACAGGCAACCAGCAGCCAAGGGCGGGAGCGGGAGGAGCCCCGGGAGCAGGUGGAGCUGCUGGAGUAAGCGGGAGACAUACAAGAGCUGAUUACAGAGAGUGCAAUAGUGUGAUCGAGGAUAAGACGUGGAGGGAGACGGUCGGCAGGGAGAAGAAGGGCCAGAUACGCUGGGAUGAGGGCUGGGGAUUUCUCAGGGAUUUCGAUCAAAAGGGUAAUCCUAAGGUAAAACCGGAACCGCCAGAAAACCUGACCCUGUUCUCCGAGUCGGUUCCUAACACGUCAAAUCAGCGAUUCGGACACAGGCAGAAAACCGGAGCCGCCAAAGCAAUGGUUGAUCUACAACAUAGACUCAGUACAACCAACCGGAAAAAGCAUCACAAAGAAUUAGUUUGCUACGAUUGAUCACAAAUCUCCAUGAAACACUCCAUUAACUAUUGAGCACCAUGGACGGAUCCGUUACCGGAAUUUGGUGAAACCGACCCGGUCCCGACAUAUACUCAGUAACCAACCGGAAGAAUCAUGCAUCGGGCACGUAAUUAGUUUGCUAUGACUGAUCACCGAGCUUUGUGAAACCCUCCAUUUGCAGACUCGAACUAUAUUCAGCAUGAUGUAUCUUGGAUAUGGAACUGUUAAAGGAGUUUGGUGAAACCGACCAUCAUGGUUUUGUAUUCGAGGACAACUAUCCGGAUCGACACCUGUCCGGAUCUUAAUAUAUCUCUUUCCGACCUUCAGGAAAUAAGGACUCCUUGGUUUGGACGGAGAGCGAGCUGUAAAUUUUAUAUUGAAUAUUUAUCAGAUAUGAAUUAUGUAUAUACAAACGAUUGUGCCAAAGACUUGAAAAUGUGGACUUGUAUUGAUUUCAGAAUCGAUAUCUGAUGUAUAUCGCAACCAAGCAGUCAGACACUAUUUUCAAAGUCAACAUUAUGACAAUAGCAGUACAUUAUUUUCAACAUUUCACGGGCGGCGCCAAGGAGAGGUCAAGGGAUGACCGUCUCAGCUGCCGCCCCAUGUGUUUUCAAGUAUUUCAAGAAUAUUUUUUUUAAAGGGGAAGAGGAAUGUGAAUACAGGAAAGUGGGGGGGGGGGGUGAGUGAGAAAGAAGAGUAUAAACGAUGGUGUUGGUAUAGAAAAAAUGACGUCAACUCCAAUCUUUAUCCCAUCUUGUCCUCCCCGCCCAUAUUGAAAUACACCGCCGUCACCCUGGUGCAUAUUGCACGUAAAUCUGUUAAUGCUUUCAAGAUUAAGCUGAAAGCUCAUGUUCAGGGUCAGCCAAACUACGGGAAAUCAUACAAAAGGAAAGUUUUGACCGUUAUUAGAGUUUUCAACCUUAUUUCAUUUUGAGGAGGGAUAUUUUUGGCAAAAUUUCUACACUAAAAAUCUGCCGUUUUUAUCGGAAAAAUAUAUCAAUUUUUACAGGGUUACAUCCCUUCCCAAAAGCUUGUUUAACUAAAAGAACAGGGAGAAAUCAGUGUUCGAAGAUAAAAUUAAAAAUAAUUUAACACUUUAAGUGCUUUUAUUAUGUGUGGUUUUACCAACAGUGGUAUUCUAUGGCCUUUCUCAAUGAAACGAAAGAAAAAAAGAAGUGCCAAUUAAGACAUCAUGUUUGAAAUCCGGUUAUUUUAGGUUGAUAAACACAUUAUGUGAAUUUGUUUAUAGUCAUUUAAUAUUGUUACAUGGGUCUGAAGUCCACUGUGCCCGGCUUGAUGCUGUAAGAGGUUCAUUCACUCAUUAGACAAACAUCUUGACAACAAUCGGGUGUUUCAAAGUCAUGUCUUACACCCCCCCC